AAAAAUUCGAACGGAACAUAUUUCGUGCGGACUGUCUGCCGAACGGAUCUAACACAACGUAACAUAAUCGAAUCAAACUAAACCAAAACAACAACAAUGACCGGUCGCGGCAAGGGAGGCAAAGGUCUUGGAAAAGGAGGAGCGAAACGUCACAGGAAAGUUCUUCGUGACAACAUCCAGGGUAUCACGAAGCCUGCCAUUCGCCGUUUGGCACGCAGAGGUGGAGUGAAGCGUAUCUCCGGUUUGAUAUACGAAGAAACUCGCGGUGUGCUUAAAGUGUUCCUCGAGAACGUAAUUCGUGACGCCGUCACGUACACAGAGCACGCCAAAAGGAAAACUGUCACCGCUAUGGACGUCGUGUACGCUCUGAAACGACAGGGACGCACGCUCUACGGUUUCGGCGGUUAAGUCUCUCAUGAUGGAUGCGUAAAUCGUCCGUCCGUCCGUCCGUCCGUCAGCCCGUUCGUUUCGUUCGUUCGACCGUACGUCGUCAGUCACUUGAGCGUGAGCGAAUCUCGCAUUGUACGCGAAAAUUGAACAUGCGAAUACCUAUUGUAAGAUCAUAAUCAAUAAAUACAACGACACAAAUAUUAUAUAAUGCGUACAAUGUGAAGGCCGCGCACAAAAAAUAAAAUAAAAACAACAACAACGACGACAACAACGGCGGCGGCGGCGGCGGCGACGACGACGACGACGACGACGACGACGACGACGACGACGAGGAGAACUAGGACGACGUUCUGCGCGCCAUGUGACGACUGUAACACACCGAACUGACAAAAGGCCCUUUUCAGGGCCGCAAA